AUGUCCGUUGACGACGACACAGUAAAAAUGGCUAGCCCGCGGGCUAGCUCAGGCUUGUCUCUGCAGCCUUCAGAAUGUUCUGGAAGCUGCAGUGGCGCAUCAAUUGUAGCGGAAGCUGCUGUUGAGGCCACCUCGGACUUGGCGACUUCUUGCCCUCUUCCUGGUACUACUGCCUCACCGAAACACACCAGCACAGUGGACAUUCUAAGCCGCUCCCAUGACGCUGGGCCAAGAUCCAAAGGGCACGAAAAUAGCAUCAAUCGCAGGAACAGCUUCCAUCACGCCAAACAGCAUCAACAAAUGAGAGUGGCAAAGCGCCGCAACACGUCAAACUUUAGUUUCAAGCAUCCGACCUCUGGUAAAAGGAGACGACGGGCAAACUCAGAAUCUGACUCCGUUUUGCCCACUAAUUUCCUCCUAGGUGGGAACAUUUUUGACCCGUUAAAUCUCAACAGCCUGCAGGAUGAGGAGGUCAACAGGGCGCUAAACGCAGAGACACCCAAAUCGUCCCCGCUGCCGGCAAAAAGUCGAGACCCGGUAGAGAUCCUCAUCCCCAGGGACAUCACAGAUCCUCUGAAUCUGAACAGCUGCAUGGCAGAUAGCAGCUUUCUCGUGUCCCCCUUCAAAACUGGCGGAAGGAGGCGCCAUCGCAACAGACAUCACGGUAGCAACAUUUCAGCACAGUUAAACCUUUCCGAAUCGGGAAAAACUGAGGUUAAAACUGGAGAGACUGUGUCUUUUCCUGCUUCGGUAACACAAUCUAAUAUGGAAGUCUCUAAAGCAUCAGACAGUGUCGCCGCUGCCGAGGGGGAUUCACAUGAUCACACGACGGACGACUCGUCCGGUUUCAAAGAGGAGACGACGUUCAUUUCCGUGGAGGAUUCCACUUCCUCUGUUUUGGGAGGAGUUAACCAGCACAUAAGCAGGCGCAAGCGGAGGCGCAACUCUGGCAAAAUGGACCCCCCUGUGACUCACUCUACCCCUGUAGCAAAAUGUGCAGCUGGUGAGCAAAAUCAUAAAUCGAGGGGGUCCAAAACUUCCUUUCAAACGCCCAGGACUGGAGCCAAAUCUGCACCAGGAGGUCGACAGCACGAGCAGCUCCAUAACAAGAAUAGGGUCCAACAGAAGAAGAAGUUCCAGUAUGGGAACUACAAUAAAUACUAUGGUUACCGCAACCCUAGUGCAAGUGAAGACCCGCGAAUACAUGUCUUUCGUCCAGAAUGGUUUGAAGGUAAACAAGUGCUCGAUUUGGGCUGCAACUCGGGCCAUCUUACGCUGUAUAUUGCUAAAAUGCUACGGCCCGCUCGCAUAUUGGGCUUGGACAUUGACAAUAGACUCGUGCACGCAGCCCGCAAGAACAUCAGGCAUUACCUCUCUGAGGUGCAGACGCAAGAAGCCAGACGAGCAAAAUCGGAGGAGAAGCACAUGGAGAGCAGGGAAAAUGGCAGCACACUGAAAGAGGAAAAGGGCCAUACAGAUCAAACAAGGAGUUGCUCUUUCCCUUUAUCUUUGCAAAUCUCCAGAGGGCCCAUUGCUGCACCUCCACUGACUGAAUCAUCCACAACAAAACCGGGGCAGUUCCCUGCAAAUGUGUCCUUCAUCAAGGCCAAUUAUGUGCUGCAGAACGAUAACUUGCUCGUGACUCAGCGGCCCGAGUACGAUGUCAUCCUCUGUCUGAGUGUCACCAAAUGGGUUCACUUGAAUUGGGGGGACAGCGGUCUCAAGCGGUUCUUCAAGAGAGUCUACCGACACCUUCAUCCCGGGGGCAUCUUCAUCUUGGAGCCACAACCUUGGCAAUCAUACGUCAAGAGGAAGAAGCUGACGGACAACAUCAACAGAAAUUUUCACAGCAUUCGCCUCAAGCCGGAUCAGUUUUCAUCCUAUCUCACCAAUGAAGUAGGCUUUACCAGUUGUGAGUUCCUCGGAACGCCCAAGAGUUUAACAAGAGGUUUUCAAAGGCCAAUCUACUUGUUUCGCAAAUGA